UUUUUCCCCACUGUUCAAGACUCAAUAAAAAAUUAGGCAGCCUGGUAAUAGGAUUUCUUAUCCAAUUCAAUAUUUCUUAGCCAUUGGUGAUCGCUUAACGACCGUUAACUCAACUAGAGCUCUUGCAGUUUUACACCGCUGAUUUUAACAUUACUGCGUGAAACCUUUCGGACUUAUUUUCAAAUUACUCUCUCGUUUGUUCGAAUAACCAUAUUUUUUUAUUUUUUGUCGACCACCUGUUUACAUAAAAGAAACGAGAUGAAGAUUGCAUACGAAGUUUUCUUUGUCAUUAUAUACAUCCACUUCGCCUAUUCUCAGAAUAUACAAACAGCCGUAAAAGAUGUUGGUGGAGUUGUUGAAAUGAAAUGUUCGGUUUUCAAUACAAGCGGAGUUCCUGUCGCAUGGAUAAAAUUUGAUAAAGAACAGCCCACUAAAACCUCUGUACUAUCGAUUGGAAAAAAACUUAUUGUUCGAAAUCCAAGAUUUUCAGUAGAAGUUGGAGUCGGAAAUAGUAGUUAUACAUAUAAGAUUCAGAAUAUACGUGACACUGAUAUAGCAUCCUAUCGUUGCGUAGUGAUGUGUGAUGUCGACGACGGCAUCAAUACGUCUGCAGAUAUUGAGUUGGAAGUGAAUCGGUCUCCAAGCAUUUUAAAAUUUUCUUCGUCUCCGGCCACAUUAAUCGCGAGGGAAGGUCGGCCGUCGAAACUAGAAUGUUAUGCCGACGGAUACCCUGAACCAAAAGUUACAUGGAGCCGACAAUUUAAUGGAAUUUUAACGACAGGAGGAAAGUUUUAUAGAGGUAAUGUCUUACUCUUUCCUAAUGUAACAAAAGAUGACCGCGGAACUUAUUUCUGUGAUGCGAUGAACAGUGAUGGCAAAGGUGUGCGGCACAUGGUUGAAUUUCAUGUAGCAUUUGCCCCAGUGAUAACAGUUUCAAAUAUUAUGUAUACUCAUAGAGAACUUUCAAAACCAAACAUGGAUGUCCAAUGCCUUGUUGAAGCUUAUCCUGCUCCGAAAAUUGAUUGGCUCUAUAACGGUGUUGUACUCCUCAACGAUAAAUACAAUAGAAUUGAGGGAAACACUACUGAUCAUACUGAUCACCAGUUCAGUUUUUCGAGUUUAAGUUUUCUAAAAAAUAAUUACGAUCAACACGGGAAAUACACAUGUAAAGCCCAGAACGAAAUUGGUACGGCUGAAGUCACAGUUAUUGAACGACCAUGCACAAAAUCAAAUUGUGAUCCUAGACGAGUUCAUCAUAAAAAUUUACCUAAUUUUUAUGGAUUAACACCUUAACAAAUAUAUUUUGCAUUAAACGUAAUAUCAUUAUAUACA